ACUACCAUGUAAAGAUCACAUUUGAGUCGAUCAAGUGAACCAACGACAAUGAAAGUCCUUCUCCUCGUAGCCCUAGCCAUUUAUGGCACCUCAGCCGCCUUGACAAGCGAGCAAGUUGAAGCAAAAUGGGAAAGCUUCAAAACAUCCUUCAGCAAAAGCUACGUCAACGCCAGAGAAGAAGCCUUCCGCAAACAAAUCUUCCAAAAGAAUGUACAACAUUUUGAAGAACACAACGCGAAGUUUGAACAAGGGCUCGUCACGUACACUUUGGGUGUCAACGAGUUCGCUGACAUGACCAAAGAAGAAAUGAAGCCAUACACCCAUGGUCUUAAAAAGCCCGACGUACUCCCCAAGCCCCUUUAUGAAAUCAAAUCCAGAAAGGAUCUCGGUAUGGACGAAAACGUUCAAAUUCCCGCCAGCUUGGAUUGGAGGGACCAAGGAAUUGUCACACCAGUCAAGAACCAAGGGGGUUGUGGAUCCUGUUGGGCUUUCUCUAGUACAGGUGCCAUUGAAUCCCAAGAAAGACUCGCCUAUGGUGCUAACCUCGACAUCUCCGUCAGUGAACAACAACUGGUCGAUUGCGUCCAAGCCGCUGCUGGGUGUGAUGGCGGUUGGAUGACCGACGCCUUCACCUAUGUCGCCCAAAACGGAGGCAUUGACUCAGAAGGUGCAUAUCCUUAUGAAGCAGCAAACGGAAAUUGUCGCUACAGGGAUGACCAAGUGGCUGCAAGACUUACGGGUUAUGCUUAUUUGACCGGACCUGAUGAGAACAUGUUGGCUGAUAUGGUCGCCAAUAGUGGACCUGUCUCAGUUGCCUUUGAUGCUGAUGGUGACUUUGGCUACUACAGCGGUGGUGUCUACUACAACCCUGACUGCGAUCCCAACAAAUUCACCCACGCUGUACUGAUUGUGGGUUACGGUAACGAAGAUGGUCAAGACUACUGGUUGGUUAAGAACUCGUGGGGUGAUGGCUGGGGUCUUGGUGGAUUCGUCAAGAUGGCUCGUAAUCGCAACAACAACUGUGGUAUUGCCAGUAUGGCCAGCGUUCCAGUUUUGUAAAUAAAUCAUGUACCUGAGAAUAAAUCGACUCAUAAAUUAUUAAAAA